UCACUCUCUCUCCCACCUCACAUUUGCCAGUACCAGAACUCUGGCAACCAGCGACAGCAUUGUGUCUUCUUGGCGAAGAGAUUGAGCGAGGGAAAGGAUAGGCAGGACGGUGAAAGAUAGAGAAAGACAGACAGAGAGAGGGAGAGAGACGAGAUUGACAUAUGGACAGGGGGUGAUGGCGGAGACCCGCACCUUCCAUCUCCACGUUUUGAGUGUGUCUUCGUUCAAAGGAGCAACUUCCAAUCAAAAAAAAACAUACAUCUACGUUUCCCAGUCGCUUGGCCUCGCUCUGACUUCUUCUCUUUGUAAAUGUUUUUUUCUCUGAAUAUUUAUAAUUAUUUAUAAAUGUUUAAGAAUAUGAGCAGUGGUAUCAGACAGCGUGGCUCCAAUUCUGACCUCAUAAGUUGACAGACAGACGCUGACAGGCUGCAGUGGAGUGUGAGCGACUUAAAGGAGGAGGGAGAGGACGCUAAACACUGAGCAGAUACAUGUGCGUUCUCCGAUCACUCGAACUCUGAGGGAUUUUGUACGCCAUACUGACGAGCCACAGUGGAUGUCAUAAUGUAUAUACUCUUUGAUAUCAAUCCAAUCGUCAGCGUUCUGGGACUUUUUGGGGACGAGACACAGACUUGCAGCACGCACGCUGGGCAGCUGAGAAGAGCGACACCUUGACAGUGACGGGGUUUCCUUCAGAGACUUCACCACCAUGAUGGAGAAGCUGAACUCCACUGGCCCGCCUGCCUCACCUCACGACAUACCUCGCCCCUCCUCCUCUUCUUCAUCCUCUGCCUCCUCACCAUCGUGUGCAUCCAUGGAGCAUAGCAGCCCUCUCUACAGCCAGCAGUCAGCAUCCUUGGAUGCUAUCGGCAGCCCACAACCCACUAACAAGACAGGGCACAAGGGACACACGGAUGUCCCUACUCCUGGCUCGACACAGGCCCCCAUCACCCCAAACACGGUGUUAACCAAUCACCAAGCAGAUACAACUGCUGCACCUGAGCCCAUUGCCAUGGAAACGGAGGAAGAAGAGGACGAGGAAAAACUAGGGGGGCCAAAGAGUACCACUGCUCCUGCUGCUUCAGCCAACGGGUCCCCAACUCUUUCCUCGCCACCUCCGCUCCUCCCGGCACCAGCAAAGACUUCCCCAUGCCCUCUUCCCCCUCCAACCUCCACAGCUGCCUUCCCUUCAUCCUCAUCAUCCUCUCCUCUUCCUCCCCACAUUCCAGUUAUCAGCCUUGGCCACAGCAAGCCCCCACUGCCACUCCCAAAUACCCCUUUGACUGCCCUCCACCCAAUUCCCAACCUCUUACACGGGCCACAUGGAGACAUUCGCCGCGGCCAGUUGAACUGUUUACCUGUGGUCAGCCCUGGAGCUUCUGGACCUACUGGAGGUCCCAUAGGUCCCACAGCUGCUUCUCCAGGGCCCCUGUUGCCUCAUCAGUACCUGCCUGGUCACCCCUUCUUCACCAGUUCUUACCUGGGUUCUUCAGGAGGAAGCUAUGGUGUCAUCAGCAACAACCGCAUCAAGAGGAGACCCUCCUCGCACUUUGAGAUGGAGAUGAAUGAAUGCCCUCCCCAGAAACUCGCCCGCCGCGUCUUCACCAACAGCCGUGAACGCUGGCGACAGCAGAACGUCAACGGGGCUUUCUCCGAGCUGAGGAAACUCAUUCCCACGCACCCACCCGACAAGAAACUCAGCAAGAACGAAAUCCUCCGCCUGGCCGUGAAGUACAUCAACUUCCUGGUCACACUGCUCAAUGACCAGGACCAAGACAAGAGCAGGGACUCGGCUGAGGAUGAUGUGGAGGAUGAGAGCAUGGCUCCUGGUUUGGCAGGCAAAAAACUGAACCCUCGUUUUCAGUGCGACACUCCGCCGCCAUCCCACUCUGCCCUGCCUGCGUCAGCCCGUCCCGCUUUGGCGUUAGCCCACAGAGACAGAGACUCAACUGACUCAAUCAGUGCCCUGGCUAAUUCCCCAGCAACGUCCAGUUGCUAUGGAGACACGGACAGUGAAGAAAGCUUUGGUGCUAAGACCUCUUUGGUGACCCAAGGCAUUCUGGGAAAGGUCAAGAGUCAGAUAGGGAUGGUGGCAGCAUCGAAUGAUGAGCGGUGACACCAAAAGGCAGCAAACACUGGGAGUUUAAAUGCCGGGCAAACAGACGGAGAUAUCAAAAAUGUUUGAUUAACUGCAGAAAGAUGUGAAUACGUUUUAAAACAGAGGGAUUUUUUUAAAUGAAUUUUGCAGGUUUGAGAGCCUCUUUGUCUUUUCUGGCAAUGUUGAUUGUGAAGCUGUCAUUUAGUGAAACACCAAACUGUGUUUUGAGGCAGGCUGAGACAUGAAACUUAACAGAACAUUCAAACCACCUUCAUAUCCAAAUAUGGUAACAAUGAUCCUUUAAUAACCAUUAUACAACUAAAACUGUAAAAGAAGAAAGACACGAAACAAGGCCCUGAUUACAUGUGCUUAUAAAAGUAAUCCGGGGAAUUUAAAAUCUUCUUAGAAAAUGGAUAAAAAUGGAAGAUUUGCGAAAAAAAAAAUCAUGAAAAUCAAAUAUUUUGUCAGUCUCUGAAGUUUACAUGUAAAUAAUCAGCCUUGCCUCAGUGCAGUUAUGGUAACUUAGAGUGCCUGCAGAGAAAUGCAUUGCAUGCAGUGGUGAUUUGACGUUGCCGUUUUUUAAUGUCCUCGCUGCUCUUAUUGUCUGAAAAGCAGGGCUGAUGGUUCCACCCUGACAUUGUGACACACUUGUAAGAGACAGAAAUAAAGUGUGUUUUAGUUUGCUGUUCCUUA